AUGCACAGAGUGCGACACCCGUCUGGAUCUUUCUGUGCGGAGGACGAGCAGCCGGAGCUUUGGCUUUCGGGCUCGAAAGCAAGCCGAAACGGCUGGGUUCGAGUGUCCGACUCAACGGAGAGGGUGUUUUAUCACAGCAUACAGAGCGGAAAGAUCACUCUGGAACGUCCGGCGGAGUUCGGAGACGACGAUCCUGUCUGGGCCGAUGGGACGGAACUGUGUAUGUACCGGGGAAAGUGCAGUCGAUGCAAGGAAUUCAUACCAAGGAGCGAGACGGGGCCGGUUGCACUUGCCGCAGACCACGGCCAAGUGGCACUCUCGUUCCUUCUGUGUCGCCCUUGUCUCAACUGGCUGGUGGAGAGGUGGGAAAACGCUAGCCUGACCAUUGUAAAGCUGCUGUGCGAAGAGAGACGUGUUUGCGAUAAGCAAGCUGUCGGCGAUUACGGGAAGAGUGCGGCAGGGAGCACCCCUCCCCCACGCCCUACAAGAAAGCAGCUUAUGAAGGUGUACAAGGAUGUUGAUCUGAGGGGGGUGGGAGACCUCCUGUCAAGCUCACGUCUAGCCCGAAGCUACGCCAAAUGCAUGUACUCCUGCCUAAGCGAGCAAUCGCUACGACCAGGCAGGUUCGACGAUCAACGGUCGGAGUGCUUGAAAGCUAAGGCUGCAGCUGUAGUCGCGGGCGAGGGUCGUCGUCGCGCGGCCCGGGAGAUCCAGAUGAAGCUCCGCUGCAUCAGUCAGCACAAGUCCAACGGCGCGGGGGACUACCUGUGCUGGUUCUCCCCAGAAGGAAGGGUUGACUACUUCGGCCAGACCAGCGGCGGCAGAGCUCACGGCUGGGGACUUGCCGAGUACCAGGACGGGUCUUGGUGCCUUAGGUAUCACGGGGAGAUGAAGCAAGGGAAGCCUAACGGCAAGGGGACUAAAACUUGGCCCGAUGAGUCUGAGUACGUCGGGGAGUUUUAUUUCGGAAAAGAGCAUGGAGAAGGGACAAAGAGAUUUCCCGAUGGGUCCGAACACAGUGGGAGGUGGCGAGCUGGCAACCGCGACGGCCCAGGGGUUUUCAUCGACGCCCGCGGCCAGAAGACGGUCGGCAACUUUCGCGACAACGCCUUCGGCAAGGCGGAGGAGGAUGGGAUUGUCGCCCCGACUAAGGCCGACAUCACGGUCGAAUCGGGGCAGCAUGACCCAGAAACUCUCCUGGAUCUGGCCAUCUCCAACCUUGCCGUGGUUACCGACAGGCAGCCGGCCCUCACCAAGGCGUCCGUCCUGAUGGCAAAGAUGCCGUUGCACUUGCACCCUUUGGUGGCCGAGGCCUUCGCCUUGUCAGCACGAGCGCUUACUCCGGGUUUCCGAAGGGUUCUACCGUCAUUCGCUUGGCGCACUCUAUCUGAGGUAGGUACGCAGCAGGCCCUUUCGGUUCGGAAAGAGGGUCUUGGCUGGGACAACACUCAGCCUUCCUCUUCCUCCCAAGAGGCGGGCACCUACCGAAGUAGAUCGGAAUGCCCUUGGCGGUGUCGGGGCGCGACGACGGUUGUAGCGGCGAUGAAGACGGCGGGGAAAGAGAAGAGCACAGGACGUCGUGUCGGCGGCGUGCGACUGUGCAACGCCCCGCUACUGCCAGCAGACACGGCGAAGCUAUCCUUUUUCCUCGAAGCAAUCCCGAACCUCGCAAAGUUGGCCACGAUAGCGUGCAAGUUGAUCGGCGAAGCGGUCGGCCCGAUUGCGGACGCAAUCGCCACUUCUCAAACAUUGCGAGAAGUCGACCUUAGCUGGAACCCUAUUCGUCGAGGCGGAGCGCGGCUCAUCAUAGCUGCGCUGGAGACCUCUGCGCAUCUUCGACGUCUAAACCUGGCGGGGUGCCAACUAGGUGUUGAUGGGGGGCAGGCAAUGAUCGCGGCUAUUGGUUCUGGCCGCGACAAGUUCCGGCUGCUCGACCUUGACCUCGCAAACAACUCUCUCGGCGCAGGUUGCGGGGAUUCGCUCGCCGUCGCGCUGCGUCGAAACAAGACCCUCACGCGGCUCAGUCUUAGAGCGAACGGCCUUGGGCCGGAAGGGGGUACUUCCCUUGCUGCUGGCCUCGCAUCAAACUGUGGGGUUCUUAAAGAGGUUGUCGUGGCUGACAAUCGUCUCGGACCCCGCGUAGCGACUUUGGUCGCCGCCACCAUGCGUGGCGGGACAUCAGAGUGCUUGCGCGGCUUCGGCUAUCGCCCAGCACCAACGUUGUCGCAGCCGCAGCCGCAACCGUCCGACCAUUUACAUGAUACUGCCCCGCCGUUUGAGAAGGGUGCGGACAACGACCAAAGUAUUCCUCGUCCGUCACGUCCAUUGCAACGGUACAGCGGAGAGAACAGUUGUGGUAGCAAUCCGCGGGUUGCGGCGGCGUCGGUGAGGGAGUCAUUGUCGAGCCUUCAACGGACAUCCGCUCUAGAACCACCCACAGCGCGUGGUAGGUUGAAUUCAACAGCCCUUCCUACGACCGUGGGGGCCGCAGAAGGAACGAUGGGGCCCGGGACCAAUGAUCUUGAGGUUUUGGCGCGGAACAAUAGUUCUCCAAUUACCGCAACGGCGGCCAUCGAGGAAGACCUCGGUCGACCUCAAACUGCCGGAACUGCGAGUGGGUGA